UCCAACCUCUCUGCACUCAGCUGUGAAACCCUCUUCAUCCCCUGAACGCCUCACGGAGCCCAGUCACACCAGUGUCACCAGGACCUGAGAGUAACACCGGGACCAGAACCAGCACCGGGACCAGAACCAGGACCAGAACCAGCAGCAUGGCGCUCACCAACGACCCCAACUACAGGAAGCUGGAGCAGUGGUACAAAGCUAACGCUGGCAGCCUCAACAUGAGGGAGCUGUUCGAGUCCGACAGGGAGCGGUUCACCAAGUUCAGUACGACUCUGGAGACGGACGAUGGCGAGAUCCUGUUGGACUUCUCCAAGAAUCUCAUCAACCAGGAAGUGCUGUCCAUGCUGCUCGCCAUGGCGAAGUCGAGGGGAGUGGAGGAAGCCAGAGAGAAGAUGUUCUCUGGAGAGAAAAUCAACUUCACAGAGGGUCGCGCCGUGCUCCACGUCGCUCUGCGUAACCGCUCCAACACGCCCACCGUGGUGGACGGUAAGGACGUGAUGCCGGAGGUGAACCGGGUCCUGGAGAAGAUGAAGGCGUUCUGUCAGAGAGUUCGCAGCGGCGAGUGGAAAGGCUUCAGCGGGAAGAGCAUCACUGACGUUGUGAACAUCGGCAUCGGCGGCUCCGACCUGGGCCCUCUGAUGGUGACGGAGGCUCUGAAGCCGUACUCAGCUGGUGGACCGAACGUUUGGUUCGUCUCAAACAUCGACGGGACUCACAUGGCCAAAACCCUCGCUCAGCUCAACGCAGAGACCACGCUGUUCAUCAUCGCCUCCAAGACGUUCACCACUCAGGAGACCAUCACCAACGCAGAGUCAGCCAGGGAUUGGUUCCUGCAGACAGCCAAUGAUAAAUCUGCUGUCGCCAAACAUUUCGUGGCUCUGUCCACCAACGCAGUUAAAGUGAAGGACUUUGGCAUCGACACAGCGAACAUGUUUGAGUUCUGGGAUUGGGUCGGAGGUCGUUACUCGCUGUGGUCAGCCAUCGGUCUGUCCAUCGCUCUGCACAUAGGCUUUGAGAACUUUGAGCAGCUUCUUGCAGGAGCUCACUGGAUGGACAACCACUUCCGCAGCGCCCCCCUGGAGCACAACGUCCCCGUGCUGCUCGCCGUUCUGGGCGUCUGGUACAUCAACUUCUUCCAGGCGGAGACUCACGCCAUGCUGCCCUACGACCAGUACAUGCACCGCUUCGCCGCCUACUUCCAGCAGGGCGACAUGGAGUCCAACGGAAAGUACAUCACCAAAGACGGCACCCGUGUCAACUACCACACCGGGCCGAUCGUGUGGGGCGAGCCGGGGACCAACGGACAGCACGCCUUCUACCAGCUCAUCCACCAAGGAACCCGUAUGAUUCCUGCUGACUUCCUCAUUCCUGCUCAGUCUCAGCAUCCAAUCAGAGACAACCUCCACCACAAGAUCCUGGUGGCGAACUUCCUGGCUCAGACAGAAGCUCUGAUGAAGGGAAAGACUCCAGCUGAGGCUCGUAAAGAGCUGGAGGCCGGCGGCCUGAAGGGGGACGCUGUGGAGAAACUGCUGCCUCACAAAGUGUUCGAGGGAAACAAGCCGAGUAACUCCAUCGUGUUCAAAAAGCUGACCCCGUUCAUGCUGGGAGCUCUGGUUGCGAUGUACGAGCACAAGAUCUUCGUGCAGGGCGUGAUGUGGGAUAUCAACAGCUACGAUCAGUGGGGCGUGGAGCUCGGGAAGCAGCUGGCGAAGAAGAUCGAGCCGGAGCUGAAGGACGACUCCGAGGUCACGUCCCACGACUCAUCCACCAACGGACUCAUCAGCUUCCUGAAGAAGAACUUCGCCUGAGUCCUCCUCUUCCUCCCCGGCUGGCUCCUCCUCUUCCUCCCCGGCUGGCUCCUCCUCUUCCUCCCCGGCUGGCUCCUCCUCUUCCUCCCUGGCUGGCUCCUCCCACCGUGUAGUCCUGUCUCAUUGGCUGGAAUCCCGUGUGACCCGCGAGCACUUUAUGUUCCUCACAUGUAGACGUGUUUGACAAUGUGCAGAUAUCACUGUAGGUGGCGACUUUCAAAUAAAAGUCCUGUUUGUCACUGAA